UGGUGAAGGGGCCGGAGACGCCAUGUUGGGCCGGGAAGGUAGCAAAAAGAAGCCCCUGAAACAGCCCAAGAAGCAAGCCAAGGAGAUGGACGAGGAAGAUAAAGCUUUCAAGCAGAAACAAAAGGAGGAACAGAAGAAACUUGAGGAGCUAAAAGCCAAGGCCGCGGGGAAAGACCCCCUGGCCACAGGUGGAAUUAAGAAAUCUGGCAAAAAGUAAGCUGUUCCUCACAUCAGAGGUGAUGGUGACCCUCCUCUAUCAUUCCUAUGUAAACAUCUGGAUUCCCUGCCAUAACAUCUUUGCCACUACAGCUAUAGUGAAAUGUUACCCUGUAACCUGUCAAACAUCUGGAUUCCCUGCCAUAACAUCUUUGCCACCUAAUAGCUAGAAUGAAGUGUUACCCUGGAGCCUGUUGUUAUACAUUGUAAUAAACUUUAAAAAAAAAAAAACAAUGAAUAAAGUGAACAAUACAAUGUAUCAUUGUCUCUAGUGUUCAGCUGUUCCUACCUCAGCUGUGAAUUUAAAGUGAACCCAGUCUAGAAUCCCAGCAGAGCCUACUGUUCCAUCAUCAUUGUAUUCUGAAUUCUGUACCACUUUGGAUUAAACCAUCUCAUUUAAAGGC